AUGGACCAUUCGAUUGUCCGAGUCGAUUAUCGCGCUGGCGCCUGGUCUUUUGUGGAAGACAGACCACGGACCGAUCAAGGUAGCAACCGUGUGCAAGUGUCAAUAACUCUUUCCACUCAUGCUGCCAUCAAAAUCCCCAAUAGUGGCUUCCUCUACCUAGUCGUUGGACAGAAUGCGCAGACCAACGUUAAAGCUCUUGCUCUGUCUGAGCAGCAUGCAUCGACGAUCUCCACGCCAGAAAGCUGGCACCGGGAACUCCUGAGCACUGGCAUUGCCAGUCUUGGCGAUGCAGCCCUUCUACACACUGCCACUUAUGCCAUAUUGGCACUGUCACUUCUUAACCAGACCGUUCCUGGCACGGCACUUUUCGUCCACGAGACAAAUAAGGCUCUUCAACGGGCUAUUAAGAUUUAG